AAACGGUGGGGCAUAAAGAGGAAGUCUGGUGGAUCCAAGCUGAGGAUAUUUUUGCAAUUGAGCUUAAAAUGAAAUUGCAUGUUAAAGGAAUAUCAGCUUUGAAUCAGUGAGCACCGGCAGUCAGUACAACCCCUUUUAUUUUUUUCUUUAGUUAUAACACAUUUGACUCUAUUGACUAGUUCACGGUUCCUUUGUGUAGGAAGAAGCUGCUUUAAACAGUGGACACAAAACGCUGGAGUAACUCAGCGGGACAGACAACAUCUCUGGAGAGAAGGUCUACUUACUACACUUGGUCGAUGUUGUUGUCGGGGUCGUGAAGGGCAGAGCAUCGUCAGACAGGCAGAUCUUCUAGACGAUCUUCAUUCUGCCUUCAUCACCAACACUCCCCACCAUCCUCAGCGAUGCCCUUCGCCAUCUUCCCGCUGUGUUUACUGCCUCUACUGCUGGGACUUUGCAGAGGAGCUCUGGACAUCCAGGUUCCAAUGGACCCAGUGAUUGCCCGCUACGGGGAAGACGUGACACUGAACUGCACGUUCACCAGCGAGGGCAACUUCUCCCUGGGGGAUGUGAGUGUGAUCUGGCAGCUGACAGAGACCAAGACCAUGGUGCACAGCUACUCGCAGCAGUGGGAAGUGCAGAGCGACCAGGCGGACAGCUUUGUCAACCGGACCGCACUGUUCAUGGACCAGCUGGGCAAGGGCAACGCCUCGCUGCUGUUGAGGAAUGUGAAGAUUGAAGAUGAAGGCAGCUUCACCUGCUUUGUCCGUGUCCUAGACUACAACAGUGCCCCCAUCAUGCUCCAACUCGCAGCCUCUUACUCCAAGCCCAACCUGCACCUGGAGCCCAGCAAGAACCUGAAGCCUGGAGAUGAGGUGAGCAUUGCGUGCCAUUCCUCAGGGGGCUACCCGCAGGCAACGGUGCUGUGGUUUGACGGGAAGGGGGGCAACGUGACGGAGAAUGUCAGCACCUCGCAGGUGGCCAACGAGCGGGGCCUGUUUGAGGUGAGCAGCGUGAUGAGAGUCACCCUGGAGCCCAACAGCUCGUACAGCUGCACGGUGAGGAACAAGCUACUGGGAGAGGAGACCCAUGCUGCAGCGACAAUCACAGGGCAGCACCUGAGGUUCCCAGCCGUGGCCUUGUGGCUGACUGUCGGCCUGUCCAUCUGCCUGCUGGCGUUGUUGGCUGCGCUGGGCUACGUGUGCAGGAGGAAGAUUCAGCAGAGCUGCAAGGACGAGGGAGAAGAUGGUGCGGGAGAUACGGAAGCAAGGACAGCAAUGAAACCCUUGGAGUCGACUGAAGAUAAGGAGGCAGAUGAGGAGGUACUUGAAUGACACCGAACGCAAGCUGAACCAAGACAAGAGCCAGACAUCGCCACAAGUGUUUCACCGUUUAACUGCCUUACCCAUGGUGUAACCUUCGAAUACAUCUUAGCGGAUGGACUGACUGAUGAGCCAAACCCAACUGCAUUGAGCUGACUCCUUCAUCCAUUGAUAGACACAAAAGGCUGGAGUAACACAGCAAGUCAGGCAGCAUCUCUGGAGAAAAGCAAUGGGUGACGUUUCGGUUCGUGACAAGUCCGAUCAAGUUUGACUUGAAGCCAAAUUUAUUGGCAGUCUCAGGAGAGACAGCUGGCAACAGAAUAAUAUAUCGUGGAUUCAAACUAUUACUUGUAGCUUAAUAAUUAGGAAUGGGUGACAUUUCGGGUCGAGACCUUCUUCAGACUCAGAGGAGAGGGAGAUAUCUCACAAUCUCUCCACAUCACUGCCCAUUUUCCUCUCCUUGACUCAGUCUGACGAAGGGUCUCGACCCGAAACGUCACACAUUCCUUCUCUCCAGAGAUGCCAUACCAACUGCAUCACAGUAUGGUAUGGCAACUGCUCUGUCUCCGACCGGAAGGCAUUGCAGAGGGUGGUGAAAAUUGCCCAACGCAUCACCGGUUCCUCGCUCCCCUCCAUUGAGUCUGUCCAAAGCAAGCGCAGUCUGCGGAGGGCGCUCAGCAUCGCCAAGGACUGCUCUCACCCCAACCAUGGACUGUUUACCUUCCUACCAUCCGGGAGGCGCUACAGGUCUCUCCGUUGCCGAACCAGCAGGUCGAGGAACAGCUUCUUUCCGGCGGCUGUCACUCUACUCAACAACGUACCUCGGUGACUGCCAAUCACCACCCCUCCCCCCCCCCCCCCGGACACUUAUUAUUAUUUAUUCAAAUCGUUUGCUAUGUCGCUCUUCCAGGGAGAUGCUAAAUGCAUUUCGUUGUCUCUGUACUGUACACUGACAAUGACAAUUAAAAUUGAAUCUGAAUCUGAAUCUGAAUCUGAAUGCUGCCCGUCCCACUGAGUUACUCCAGCUUUUUGUGUCUAUCUUCAGUUUAAGCCAUCAUCUGCAGUUCCUUCCGACACAUCGAGAUCCUUCGCUUGUUUAAACCAAACUGGUGGCUCCAUUAUCCUGAGAUUUGCUGCAAAUGUUCCUGUUUACAAGUGAGCAUGCCGUCUAAAAUUACCAGUGCCGCUAAUUACUCUACAGAUUUAGCCGAACCUUUGAACAUAUUUGUCCACGACGUUCCUAAACAAGAACGACUCUCAUCGGCAAUGUAGAACAUUGUGAAGUCGAUGCUAAUUUCGGGAGCUAUAAUUGUGCGUGUAGAAUAUUUUUUUUUUUUAGCCUUUGUUUUGAUUUAAUUGCUGUUGAAUAUUGUGUUGUUCAUACAGCCAGCUGUUGGCUUUCCCGAAACAUCUGCAUACCCUUGCCAUUCAGAAUUAGUCAUUCCAGUCUUCUGUACUGCCAAUUCUUUAGACAAACUUAUCGUUAUCUUUGAUUCCGACUUUUCUCGUAGUACAGCCGGCCCAGCGGUAGAGUUGCGGCCUCACAGCGCCAGAGACCCGGGUCCCAUCCCGACUACGGGCGCUGUCUGUACGGAGUUUGCACGUUCUCCCCGUCACCUGCGUAAGGGUUUUCUCCCGAGAUCUUCGGUUUCCUCCCACACUCAAAAGACGUACAGGUUUGUAGGUUAAUUGGCUUGGUGUGAAUGUAAAUUGUCCCCAGUGUGUGUAGGAUAGUGUAAUGCCCCCGUCCCACUUAGGAAACCUGAACGGAAACCUCUGGAGACUUUGCGCCCCACCCAAGGUUUCCGUGCGGUUCCCGGAGGUUUUUGUCAGUCUCCCUACCUGCUUCCACUACCUGCAACCACCUGCAACCUCCGGGAACCUCACCUAGACAAUAGGUGCAGGAGUAGGCCAUUUGGCCCUUCGAGCCAGCACCGCCAUUCAAUAUGAUCAUGGCUGAUCAUCCACAAUCAGUAUCCCGUUCCUGCUUUCUCCACACAUCCCUUGAUUCUGUUAACCCUAAGAGCUAAAUCCAACUCUCUCUUGAAAACAUCCAGUGAAUUGGCCUCCACCACCCUCCGAGGCAGAGAAUUCCACAUUCAAUUCCACAACUCUCUGGGUGAAGAGGUUUUUCCUCAUCUCAGUCCCAAAUGGCCUGCCCUUUAUUCUUAAACUAUGACCCCUGGUUCUGGACUCCCCCAACAUGGGGAACAUUUUUUCCUGCAUCUAGACUGUCCAAUCCCUUAAGAAUUUUAUAUGUUUCUAUAAGAUUCCCUCUCAUCCUUUUAAAUUCCAGUGAAUAUAAGCCCAGUUGACCCAUUCUUUAAUCAGUAGGUACAAUACCAGGUGUGGUGGUCUCACCCACCCCUUGUACCUUUGCAACCAGAUGUUUUAAAAAUCAAAAAUAAAAAGUGUGGAUUUUC